AUGGCCAGCACAACAACACGAAUUCGCAACACGCUGAACUCUUUGUGGACCAAGGUUCUCGAUGAUGACAAGAUGAGCGGCAGUCUCGGCGUGGAUGGUGAUGUCUUGGGUGGUUUUCUUGAAAAGCACAAUAUUCGACUGGUCUCCCACGACUUCGAAAUCACUGAAGUUGAAGACUCCCAUCCACCUGUAUUGUUCGCACCCUGCCCCCAGCAUUUCCUUGAUGAACAUCCGAUCGAGCCAGAAAAAUGUGAUGACCCAAAGUUUGGGAACCCGUUCUACAAAUUUCCCGACUACGAAGCUGGUGGGACAUGGAUGGAGCCAGAGGAGUCCUCGCUUCGUGUUGCCCGCUAUCUUGAGAAGUGGGCGUAUAAUGGCUUUCCGCGGAAGGGCACAGACGUCGUCGACUGUCUUCCAACCAAGAGGGGUAUCACGCCUGUCAGAUUUCCCCAUGGACUCCUCUUGGGUGAAGGAUUGUUAAGGAGUGGUGAAAAGGGCUGGAAAACAAAUAUUUAUGAGUAUGACAUCGGCUUUUGGGGAGAGCAACACCCCCAUAUCAUAUUGUGUUCUCAGCAGUCAGAAGUCGGCCAUGAAAACUGCAUUAUGCACGGUGAGCUGGCGCAGCUCAUCACCGCAAUGCGAAAUCGCGCCCAUGAGCCGGAAAUGAUGGAGAGCGGCGAGAACGGAGAUUUUGAGGACGAGGAAGACGAGAACGAAGCUCUUUUCCCCGAGGGUUCGCCACUCGUAUUCCAAUACGAGCAGAGAUUUCCGGUCGUCAUGGUUUCUCUCGUUGGUCCUCAGCAUGGCCGCAUCUACUAUGCCUGCAUGGAUGGGUUCGAUGUGGUGAUCCGACAAUCACCGCUUUUCAGCUUCGAGAAGCGUGAAACCGCCCCUUGGGAUUUUUUCGCCAGGAUUCUUCUGAGCUAUCCACUACACGAAGGCGACAAGGGCAGGUUGAGCGUUCCUCUUCGCGUCUAA